AUGCUCAAUCGACGUUUCAUUCUCUUCACGCUUUUCGCACUCUUCAAUACCCAAGUUGUACGAGCACUCUCAGCAAGUUCUUCCUCAUCACUAGACAACAAACCUUCUCCUGUUCCAACCAAAAGUUCGGUAAAUCGUGAAAAGCUACCACCUGUUGAAAACCUUGACACCACAGAACCAAAAAUGGGAUCUCUUCAACCAAAUAAGCCAGGUCUACCCGAUAGCAUCAAACUCCUCAUUGGAGCUGGAGGCAUUUAUGCAGCCUUCUUGUACUAUGGAUCUUUGCAGGAAGACGUCUUCCGUUAUGUCGCAGAAGAUGGAACUUAUUUCAAGCAAGCUUGGUUCUUGCAAGUUUUGGAAGCUCUGGCAAAUGUCAUCAUCGGAUUUGUCGGAAUGAAGGCUACCGGAGCCACGAAGGGAAUCCCACUUCGAAUGUUUGGAAUCUCUGGUGCAGCUCAAGUAACUGCAAAGGCCUGUACCAGUCUGGCUCUUGCCAAUGGACUUAGUUUCCCUGUGGCUACGCUUGCAAAGAGUGGAAAGAUGGCCCCUGUUAUGGCCGGGUCCUUGUUGCUCGGUGGUGCACAAUACGAGUUGCGAGAGUACUUGCAAGUUGCCGCAAUUAUUGGUGGUACUGCUGUCGUUUCACUUGGAAAGAAGAAGGGCGGGGGCGCUAGCAACUCUAUGAUGGGUGUUUUCUACAUCGUUAUGUCUCUUGUGUUGGAUGGAGUGACGGCUGGAUUCCAAAAGCGACUGAAGACAGAGACUGCAAAAGUUGGUGUAAAGCCAAAGCCGUAUGACUUUAUGUUCUGGACCAACUUUUUCAUGUUCUUGACCGCUACUGUCAUUGCUGGUUUAUUGGGAGAACUUACAAGCGGGAUGUCUUUUAUGUUUGCCAACCCUGAAGUCCUAUCCAAAAUUAUCAAGUUUGCAAUUUGCUCUGCUGUCGGCCAAUCAUUUAUCUUUUUCACCAUUGCCAAUUUCGAUCCACUUGUCUUGUCUACCGUAACCACAACAAGAAAGAUCUUCUCUGUUCUCCUUUCAAUUUUCAUCAAGGGUCACUCCCUUUCCAUGACCGGGUGGUCUGGUAUUGCAAUGGCAUGUGGUGGUAUCCUUUCCGAAUUGCAAGCAAAGAGCAGGGGACACAAGAAAGCCCACAAGAACUAG